GAACAAAGUAUCAACUCAGUCGUCCAAUCAGAGCGGUUCGCGCCCUACGUUCGCACGCGCGUAUUUAUUAAAUUUCGAUAAUGAUACGAGACUGGUGGCAGACGCUAAAUUAUAAUAAAAUUACUUAAAAAUAAUCGUAUUAAUAGGCAGGCCUAUCAAAAGAGUACUAACCUUCGUAUAGUGUGGACAUGCUGUCUGUAAAGCGAAAAAUAAAAUAUUAAUAUUCGACAAAGCAAAACAGUAAAACUGCGAUACAGUCCGGUUUAGUUCCUUGGUCAGGUAUUGAGUUAAAAAAGGAAGUAAAAAAUCGUGCGUUCCAAUAAAAUCCAGUAUGCAACACUUCACGGAACGACAUUUUGAAUGGUGAACGGUUAAAUAUUUUUAUAGAAAAUGUAUUAGUGCGUGUUGAAAGUCCAAACUUUAAAACCCGUCAGUGGUUGUGAUAAAGAGUGACACUUGUGUGCCAGAAAAGUGAUCACAAAUAACUUACAGCCAUUCAUAAAAUACGAUUGCCGAGAAAAUGGCGGGUAACAGUUGGAUGUUAUUGGCUGUAUUGGCCAUUCAUCUUGUGCAAUGUAAAGUGGAAAAAGUAAUUGAAGACCCCGCAUCGGUAGUUUAUAAGCCAUCGUGGAUGUACAAGUGCAUGGUGAACGAGGGCUGUCAACGUACGGAGCAUCCGCAACCCCUGGGUAAUGCUGAAACCAACGCGACAUCGCAUCUGUACCAGAACGUAAAUUUAUGUAGGACAGUUUGCGGACGAUUCGGCGGUCUAUGGCCGAGGCCAGUCUCUGCUACCCUCAGUACACAAACCGUGAAGAUACAUCCACAAUAUCUUAGAUACGAUCUUGUCGACGUGCCAGUGGAGACUAGGGAACUCCUAGCUCAGAUGACCCAGGUGACUAGUGAGAACAUCAUGGCGGAGUGUGGUGGCAACGUCACGGAGCUCGUCACCACACCUGUGGUGGUGUACCUCACUGUCAAGAGUGACGUCAUCGCCCUCACAUGGGAUACCAAUGAGGAGUACUUCCUUGAUGUGCAAACAAAAGAUGGCACCGUAGUCGUUAAAAUCAUGGCCGAGACUGUAUACGGAGUGCGUCAUGGUUUGGAGUCUUUCACACAACUCAUAUCAGCUGACAAACCUGAUUAUUCUGACUCGUCUAUAUGUGGCCUACGAAUUGUGUCCGGGGCCAAGAUCCGAGAUCGUCCAGUUUAUAAGCACAGAGGCUUUGUUCUGGACACAUCACGACAUUUCAUUCCAAUGAAGGAUAUUAAGAGAACAAUGGAUGGAAUGGCAGCCACUAAAAUGAACGUCUUUCAUUGGCACGUGACCGAUUCUCAUAGUUUUCCAUUGGAGUCGUCCCGAGUACCGCAAUUUACGAGGUAUGGCGCAUAUUCUGCGUCUGAAAUAUAUACUGUGGAAGAAGUGAGACAGUUAAUAAAAUAUGCCCAAAUACGAGGCAUCCGUGUCGUCAUAGAAAUAGACGCUCCUGCGCAUUCUGGCAACGGUUGGCAAUGGGGAAAGGAUUACGGGUUUGGUGAUCUCGCUGUCUGCGUAAACUCGGAACCAUGGCGGCGUUUAUGCAUCCAGCCGCCCUGUGGCCAGCUAAACCCGGCCAAUCCGGUAUUGUACCGGGUCCUGCGUUCGUUGUACAGAGACAUAGUCGGGGUACUGCCCAAACCAGCUCUAUUCCACAUGGGUGGUGAUGAGGUUUUCUUUGGCUGUUGGAACUCUAGUCAAGACAUUACAUCUUAUAUGGCGAAUAAAGGAUUCGAGACUAAUACCGAGGGCUUUAUGAGGUUGUGGGCGGAAUUUCAAGCCAAAGCACUGCAGUUGUGGGAUGAAGAACUGGUAGCUGAAGGCGCCGAAGCGAACCAACCGGUAAUGAUUUGGUCAUCAGAACUGACCCAAGCACAUCGGAUAAAGAAAUAUUUAAAUAAAGACAGAUACGUGAUAGAAGUAUGGGAGCCGGAGAGCAGUCCGCUUCUCAAUCAAUUAAUGCGGCUUGGGUACAGGGUCGUAUCGAUACCAAAGGACGUAUGGUAUCUGGACCACGGCUUCUGGGGGCAGACCAAGUAUUCUAACUGGCGACGUAUGUACUCUUAUAUGCUGCCGAGGGAUCCCAACGUGCUGGGUGGAGAGAUAGCCAUGUGGACUGAAUACGUGGACACUGAAGUUUUGGACACGCGCGUGUGGCCGCGCGCGGCGGCGGCGGCGGAGCGGCUGUGGGCGGACCCGAGCGCGGGCGCGCAGGCGGCGGAGGCGCGCCUGCAGCGGCUGCGCGCGCGCCUGCGCGCCCGCGGCCUGCGCGCCGACGCGCUCGCGCCCGCCUGGUGCGAGCAGCACGACGCGCGCUGCAUCUGAUGCCAUGCACUCCACAUACACAUACACGGCACGCUCCGUGACGUGUUUGACGCAUCUAUUUAUUCAUUUACUAGCUGACUCGGCGAACGUUGUUUUACCAUAUACAUUAUUUCUAGAACUGUACAUGAAAAUUUAUCGUACUACAAUUAUUAUAUUCGAUUGUCAGCUUCCAACCCUAUUGCGGCAUAUAAAAAUCGUGAUUAAAAAACAGGAGUUGAUCGUAGAAGCGUGGAAAUUUGAAUUUGUAUGUAUUUUUCAAUGCUAAAUCAUAAUAAUAUAAAAAUGGAAAAAAUUGUCAAAAAUUAAAAAAAAAUUUUUUUGGGGAGGGUCAUCUUUAUCAUUGAGGGGUAUGAAAAAUAGAUGUUGGCCGAUUCUCAGGUCUACCCAACAUGCACACAAAAUUUCAUAAAAAUCAGUAAAGAGGUUUCGGAGGAGUUUGGUAAUAAACACCGUGACACGAGAAUUUUAUAUAUUAGAUUAUUUAUAUUUCCCACUUUAUUUACCUAUUAGCCAGCGCUGUUUAUAAUAGCGCCGACUCGGCCCACUGGGCCCUAAUUAAUGACGCGCAGGCGGCAGCCUGCGCAGCUUAGGCUCGGGUAAGGAGCACAUGCUCGUAAGGGGCUGUGGAUGAACCCGUGACUGACUAUAUCUAGGGCUGCCAUCCGACCGGAAUUUCCCAGCAGAGGUUUUUGAAAAGUGUCUGGCUGUAACCGGUUGUUGUCAGGCGAAAUCUAUUUUUUCUUAUAGGUAGGCGAUCAAUUGAAAUAAAUUUUAAUUGUAAAUUCAUCCACAGUAACCCUGUUUUUAUAUAACAAUGUUUUUAUUUUUGUUAUAAAAAAGGAUUUUUUCAGAAGUGUUCGGUGAAAAAACGGAAAAAUAUUUCGCCUAAAUGUCCGGGAUUUUUACCAUGUUUAUUUAGUGUUGACAAUUUAGGUGAUGGCAGCCCUAUCUAUAUUUCCCUAACUGUAUUUCAAUAGAUGUCAAUGGAAUAGUAAAACCGGUCUGUCCUAUAGAUUUAAUGUCAUGAAAACGGAAAGACUUCGUUUCUUAUUUGACACGAUAAAAAUUAUCGUUCUUCUCAUACUUCAUCAAUUUUUAUUUAAAUGCUAAGAUAAGAAAUGAAAGUUCAUAAAAACAUUCUUUAGGGGAUCAACUGAAUUCGUAAACAAUUUUGUAUAUUCCUUUAAUUUAAAUUAUUUUCCAAUAUUUUGUGGUACUGAACUCGAUGUUAUCUUGCGGAAAUCCAUAUCACUGGUUAUUUGAAUAUAAUUAUUUUAUCCAAACUGCGAAUUCAUUCGCACUAAAUGUAACUAAAUAAAACUUAAAUUAACUUCAAAUAACACUAGGCUUUGAGCAGCGAUCUAAUAAUUUGCCUGAAGAUGCUUCGUUUAGAGGUGAAACACGUGUCGCAAAAGGUGCGUGAACAAAAUGGCAGUCGGAGAUUGAUGACUAAUAUGGAAGGUUGUAGAACUUCUGAUAAUAGUAGUAGUCAAUCUUCAAACGUUAGUCGUCACACACUACUGGUAGCAGAAUUAAACAAAAUAAUUCUAUUCAAAUAACCAAUGUUUUAUUUUAAAAAGAAAAUCGCCUCAUGAUUUAUAAUACGAUAAAUUAAUAUACUUCCUGUAUCUUGUUUUUAAUGGAUGAUAAUGAUAUGGUAACCCCGCUUGUGUUAUUGGUAUACGCUGGCGGGGCACCAGUGAGAGGUGAUAAGUGAGCCCGUCUGUAUCUUAGAAAAUAUAGAUGUAGUAAAAUGUUCUUUACUUUAGAGUACGUAUAUAGUACCCGUACUUUGAAGACACUGCCACACGGGCCAAUUUUUUUAUAUAUAUAAUUUGAGCGUACUUAUAUAAAUA